AUGGCGGCCGAUCCCCGUGACUCCGGCCCUGCGAUGGAGCCGCCCGCCUCGACCUCUUCAUUUUCUCCUGCUCUCCGUCAUCUUCACUCUUCCUCUUUGUCCACCUCUUCGUCGCCCCAUCGUCUUCCUCAGGGCCAGUUCAGUUUCGAAUAUCAUCUUCCUCUGCGAAAACGAGCUUUGACUGCCAGCGCCCAGCAGUACUCCUCCCCCGCCGCCACCGCCGCUAACCAUCCUGCUCCCCGGCGCACCAUCAGCACCUCCAGCACCACUGGCCCGGUCCAUGUCCCUACACACCGGAGAUCCGUCCCCAACUUCAGCCUCCCCCACGUCGCUGCUCUUUCUCGACAGUCAUCUUUCUCGUCUCCGUUGUCCACCCUCAACCAGAACAGUCUUCAUUCCCCCCGACCUCGCGAGGUCGAAUCCCCUGGCGACGACGCGUUGAAUCCCAAUGCGUCCAAGCGACGAAGACAAUCCACCGUCAUUUUUCAAGAUUCAGCGAAAACCACUAUGCCCGCAUCCACGCAGACCUAUGUGCCGUAUCGUUCUUCCUUUGCUGCCGACAAAAGUCGCGCCCUCAAUGGGGUAGACAAACAGGCGCAGGACCCCGACGAGACCAUCACCAGUAACACUUCGCGCGAAGAUAUCUUUCUCAAUAUCGCGAGGUCGGAUUCAGACCGUCGCAAUUCUUUGGCUCGUUCAGAAUUCAGGCGGUCCCGACUCGGUCUUUCAAGUGGCUCCUUGCGAUCCCCAACCUCUCGUGUACAUAGCAACGACAACACCCCUUCUCCCGAACAAUUACGAUCCACCAAUUCGCAUGCGCCCUUGCGUUCUCCUCUCCAUGCCACCUACGGUUCCGUGUCGUACCCGCAUUCUUCAGCAUCCGCUCACCCCCUCGAUGACCAUUCCCGCACGCGCUAUGCCGCUGUUGGUUCCAGCUCUCGAUCCUCCAUUGGCUUGCCGCGAAGCAGGUUGAGUCGAACAAGUCCAGACGCCUCCCCGCGUACCUCCUCCGGCGCAGAUAGGCGGGCCUCAUGGCAGGACCCUCCUCGUAUCUACCCCAACCCCGCACUAUCGACUAUCCGCAGCAGUCGUCUACCCAGCUCGUCGGAGACCACUGAGCGCGUCCGCGUCGAAUACCCGGACAAGAACCGCCAGGAUGGAACAGAGUCUACUCUUUCUACCAAUGCGCCGUCCACAGUCUGGGAUGAACUGGAGGACCUCAAGUCUCGCAUCCACAAACUCGAGCUGACCGGCAAGUUACCACCCUCGUCGCAAGCCGCCAUAUCUUCCGCUUCGAAUUCGGGAGGUGAACGGCCUCGAACAGCAGCGACCACAGCCACUACCCUGUCCUCGUCGCCUAACCACCGUCGCAAGGAAAGCGGUCCAUCAGCCGAGUCUGAUACCGCGCCGGCCAACCCAGUCCACCCUCUUUUACAAUCAGCGCUGGGCAAAGCCAAAACGGUGCUCAGCAAUGAGGUUUACAGAACACUGGAAGCCACUGCGACGGAUGCGACAAUAUUAUCCACCAUUCUGGGCUCCGGUUCCGUUCCAUCGGGCAGCGUGUCUGUGAUUAAUGGGCACAGUCCAUCCGACAGACAAUCCCGACGGAAGGCGGACAGUGUAUGCCGGGGGUUGACAGAACUCUGCCUCGCAUUAUCAGAUGACUAUAUCAAGCAACACGAGCAGCCAGGCCAGGACGAAACCAUUCGGGCACCGCAGCAGAAUGGCCACGCCAAUCCUGAACCAUCAACUCCUACACUGCCAUUCCAGCGGAGAGAGAGUUUCGAACCCGAGGGAAUCAUCCGGCGACGGAGCAGUGCUCGGGUUGUCAGUCGAUUGGAAUCUCGUCGCGCGAGUAUGGUAAAUGGAAACAGUCCUAGCUAUCACCAAGACGACCCACCUCCAAUUCCCGAGAAGCCGAUCCCGCAGCAACAAUCACCACAAACACCAGCAGCACCAACAGCACCAACAGCACCAACAGCACAACCACAGCCGCAACCAGAACCCGAAAAACAAACAGCCACCGUUACUCCUAAAAGCCGACUCACUCGCCUAUCGACAUCAUUCCGGACACGCAGAACACAGCCGGAAGAAGAGAACGCAGAGAAAGAAAGUUCCCACAACCGCACCCUCUCCCGAGCCAUGACCAUUGCGACACCAGCAACACAAUCAAGCCGACUAGCAGCGCGACAACGCCUCUCGCAAAGCUUCACCCCGUCCCAAUCAAUCCCCAACUCUCCCCGCGAACCGCAAACCCCACAACAACCACCACCAGCCCACCAACUCCCAACACACACCGCGGAGCAACACGUCCCCCGCACCCCGAGCCUCUCCCAAUCCGCCAUCCCCCUCCGCAGAAGCUUCAUGGCCCACACCCCCGCGACAUCCCGCUCGAAUAUCCAAGCCGGGUCCCGCCGCUACGGCCUCUCUAGCUUCUCGGCCGCACCAGGCGAGACCGAUAUCCCAGAAACACCCCAACAAUCAACACCAGGAGCACCAACACCAUCUCAAACAAGGAUCGUCGCCCCCUCGACGAAGAUUGCGGCUAGUUACACACCCAUCCAGCAGAACCAGAGCCGCUCGAGGGCCAACAGUCUGGGGACUAGACGAUUCGGAAUUCGGCCACGGCCGAUGGUGAACGUUGAUAGUGCGGUGAACGGGUAUAACAAUGGCUAA